AUGUUAACCUUUCUGUUUAUAACCUUUUUCGGCAAGACAGAUCUUGGUGGUCGAGUAGCAAUCUUUACCAAGGAACACCUUCAGUGCUCGGUUGUCUCCACCAAGUCUGUUCCCAAACAAUUUAAUUUGCUGGUUUUAAGCAUUCAACUUUCAAAUAGCUCUUUGUUGACUGUUGCUGGGUGUUAUUGUCCACCAUCAGCACCGGCCUGUACCCUACCUGCCCUAAGCUCUCUCCUGGCCCUUUACACAAGUCUGAAUUUGUCCUGCUAGGUGACCUAAACUGGGACAUGCUUAAACCGCCUGACCAAGUCCUAAAGCAAAGGGACUCCCUAAAUCUUUCUCAGAUUAUUACCAAUCCCACAAGGUAUGACUCCAAACACCCAGAAAAGGCUACUCUCCUUGAUGUUAUCCUCACAAAUAAUCCUGAUAGGUAUCAGUCUGUUGUUUUCUGUAAUGACCUUAGUGUUCGUAAUGGCUACUCAGUGAAACGACCUGUCCUGAUUUGUCAUAGACGCUUGCUAAAAACUUUAAUGAGCAAGCCUUCCUUCCUGACCUGGCCUCUGUAAAGAUGCUUGGACCUUAUUUUUUGAUAUUUUCAGUGGUAUUGUUAACAAACACGCCCCCAUAAAGAAAAUGAGAAUUAAAAACAGGUUCAUCCCCUGGUUCGACUCUGAUCUGGCAGAGUUACUCCACCUCAAGAAUUCCAUUUGGCAAAAUGCUCAGCACACUCUUACUCAGGCUGACUGGCUCUCGUUCAGGCAAAUGAGAAAUAAGUGCACUCAGGCUAUCCGGAAGGCUAAAGCCAGUUACUUUAAGGAGCAGUUCUCUCUCUGUGGGUCUAACCCCAAGAAGUUCUGGAAAACGGUUAAAGACCUGGAGAAUAAACCCUCCUCCUCACAGCUCCCAAUGUCCCUUAAUGUUGAUGAUGUGGUUGUUACUGACAAAGAGCACAUGGCUGAGCUCUUUAAUCACCACUUCAUU